AUGAAAAAGUUCUUCAAAACAAAGGAGGCAGGGGCCAUCACUCCCUUGCCUCCCACCGGUCCAGCCGCAUCCACCUCCUCUUUCGGAACACCUCGUCCCUUUGAAGAGUAUCAAGCUAGAGUAGCAUCACAGAAUCACCUUCACCGUCCACUCUCUUACCAAAGUGCUUCCGCUUCGUCACGUUCAGGCCGCGGCUCUUCUGACGAGAACGGCUACGCAUACCUUUCGUCCCAGCAGCCACAUCGUCGUAGCCAGCAAUACAGCGCUUCCGAUCCAGCUCAGCAGCAUUCUUCGCCCGUCAACAACCGGCUUGCGCCUCGUGCUGCUCCCGAAAGUGCUUACCAGUCGUACUCAGAUCCUGUCGCAGCUCAACCACAACCUUAUCGAACUCAGUAUGAUCGCAGUGAUCCCUCUGAGUUCGACAGACGCGCCUCUCAGCCGCCUCCAUCAAAGAAUAGUUCCAGGCAACCGUAUCAGCAUCAGCAGCAGCAGCCAGCGCCCGCAAUGACAGCCACGCCUCCACCAAGAUCGCUACGUCCAGCUGACGCUGCACCUCGUCAUCGGCCCAACAACUCGAUGGGUGUAGGUCCUGCAUCUGCUGCCGGCUAUCACAAUCAGAAUGGCUUGCAUCUUCCACCGAACCAUGCAUCUAUGGACUCUGCCUGGGUACAGCGCCACAGAUCAGACGACUACGACGACGACGACAAUGAUGAUGAUGCAGACGGCCGAACUCCUACGGCCGGUGGUGGAGCGCAACGCUCAGCUGCCUAUCCAGUCUACUCAGGUGCAGAAGGAAAGGACGAAGAUGACGGCGAGGUCCUCAUCUCACAGGGCCGAUACGAAGAGACAGUCCUCAAAGAUCCUCCAGGCAAGGAUAAGAAGGGCAAGAAGCUGUUCGGAUUCGCAACCGGCGGUGGCAACAAGGACAAGAAAGCAAAGGACGAACGCGACCGAGCUGCUCUAUCUUCUUCACCCGUCCCACGUGGUAGUCGAGAACGUGUUCACGACGAUGCUGCUGGACUCAUGUCACCUCCUCCUGAUCACCACGCUCACGAUCGUGAUCGCAACAGGGAUAAAGAAGGAGGCUGGAUUGACCGAUGGAAUAAACGUGCGCACCAACAUCAGGAAGCCCGUCUAGCCGAUAAGGAAGCUGAGGAAAUCGUUGCUUCCAAGGUCGGUUGGCUCGCCUCCAGCGCCAAUACUGAGCAAGACUGGAUGCAUAUUCUGCCCCUCAUCGACAUCAUUGCUCAGUCCGAUGCGGCUAGCAAAGAAGCAACACGCGCUUUGCGCAAAGAGUUCAAAUACGGCUCAGUGGAUACCCAGCGACGUGCAGUGAGAAUCUGGGCACUCUUAACGCUCAAUGGCAGCGAUCGAUUCAGACAACAGAUUGCGAGCAAGAAGUUCCUCGAUGCGGUAGAAGACACAAUCGCAUCAAGCAAGACACCGCUGAGUGUCAAGGAGACCAUGUUGAGGGUGCUCGGCGUUCUGGCGUUCGAGUUCAAGGACGAUGUAGACUUGGCAAAUGUGACAAAGUGCUGGAACAAGGUCAAGCCAAAUGAUAGGCGGAAAGAUGGCGAGCCACUUGAGGAUGAUCUGUUCGAGUUUAGAUUGCCUCAACCACGCCAUGCUGAGAUGCAGCAGCAGCAGCAGCCGCAGGGGCAACAGCACCAAGGUCGAAUGCGAGGCUCGGCACCCAGUAGCACUGAAGCUCUCCGCAACGCUUACCUUGGUGACCACGGAAACGAGUACACUUCACAACGUCGGUCAUCAGCGACGACUCUGCCACUACCACCACCACCACCGCCAACUCAACAGCAGCAGCCUUGGUCACACCCUCACCCGCAUCAGGACCCUACCACCAAUCACUGGCCUCACACCGCACCCGCCAUGGAACAUCGAGCCAGCAACGACAAUAACGGCCCAGACAUCGUCUCCAACCUUGAAGCAGCCGCAGCAUCGAUGGACAACCGAUCCGCUUCGUAUCAAAGUUUCGAUACUAGCAACUCUUCUCAUCGAGUUUUACACGAGAUUGUCGCCCACGACGAAGAUGUCCGACGACUGCAGGAAGAGUUCCAUAUUGCACGAAGCAAUGCCUCUGUUUUGCUGGAUACGCUUCUGCAUGAGGGACUGCAUGCAGAGACGGUGGAAUUGGUGGAUGAGUUCUACAACAAGGUUGUCAUGUCACAGGAUGUGAUUGCAAGUCAGAUUCCUUGGGCUUCUGCACAAGCGGAUCGAUCAAAAGAGCGGGCUAAUGUGGGUGAUAGGGAGACUCGCGAAGAAAAGUUGCUAGCGGACUUGCUGGACGCACAUGACAGAACAAGUGAAGCGAUAAGAGCGGUCGAUGAGGCAAGGAGGCGGAUCAAAGAGGAGGAAGAGGAAUUGCGAGUGACUGAAAGAAGCAAAGUCGAGGUGAGGUUGGAUAGGAGUGCUCUUGUGCAAAACUCUUCCGGCGACUUGUACGAGAUGGGUGGUAGAGGUAGAGCAGGGUUGUUGGAUGUCGAUGAUGAGGGUAAGCAGGAGGGAGGAUCUAGGAGUUCUUCUCCUUCGAAGCCUUACACCGGAAGCAAUCCAUCCAGCAGUUUCAGCAUACCACCCUCAUCCACGAUGAACGGUGCUGCUGCUGCUGCUGCUGCUGCUGCUAGAGUCUCACGUCCCCUCCCGGUGCCUAGAUCAGACCAUUCUUCAUCAGCAGACAGUACCAGAAUUCGAUCAGCUCAAUCUCCUAUCCAUGGUCCUGGUCUUGUUCCUCCUGCACUCCCUCCACACCCUACCGUUACAAAAACAGCCUCAUCCACCGCAUCGAACUCGCUCAGCGGCUCCACUCAUUCUCGGUCUUGUUCCCAAUUCGCACUCAGCCCAUCCAACCGUCAUCCUCCGGGAAGUUUGUCCACUUCACCCGGUCGAUCCCUACCUCUUACGCCGAACCUUAACAUCAGCACCAACACCACCAACAAUGUCGCAGGAAUGCAGGGUAAUGAGGAGGAGGACGAUCUUCAAACCCCCGUCGUUCCAAGCGAAAAAGCACUAGGUAAAAGAAGGGCUAUUUCGGUCAGAUAUCCUACUCCACCGCCCAGACCUCCUGCGAAUGGAGAUCAGGGUCCGCCUGCACUGUCCGCGCAUCCCAACAGCAGGAAUAGUGGUGGGGUGAACGGAGCUGUUGGCGGUAUUGGCGGGCUACGCAUUGGUCAUUAG